AAUAAGGGGGUUUGUUGUCUUUCUGCGGCACACCAUCACUGCUUGAUUUUCUUAUGGCAGACCAGAAUACGUCUUCAUUUUCAUAUUUUGGAGGCCUUCCGGUUUUGUUCCUGUCUGUUUAAAGUUGAACCAGCCCGCAGUCGCUGGGUUAUAGACGAGUGCGGAAGUUCUUUGGGAAGAGGAGAUCUCCUAAAGGGAUUAUUUAAAAAAAAACGUAUUUAAAUAAAAAGCAAACAAAUACGAAGAACAACUCCACAUUCUUUGAAUUUGAUCUUCGGGUAUUGGACUUCACCAUUCGGGCCUCAUCACGAAAGGGGCAGAUCGCAACGUAUUGACGUACCUCAGAUUUUUCUUUAAAAUCUGGGAGAACCUUGACUGGGAAUAUCUCUGGCAUGUUCUUCAACAUAUGGAUUUUGACAGACUGAAAUAAUCUUUUUAAUCAAGAAAAACUGAACAGAAGCAAUGUCUGAAGGAGAGGUGAAGUCUACUUUAAUUUCUGGCUCUGAUAUGAAAUCAGAUUCUUUAACCAUACUCCCUGGGACCUCUUCUGUGUCACCACCGGUUACCUCAGUUUCUCAGGCUCCUAGUGCAACAGAGGAUGAAGAGGAAAGUGAAGAUGAAUCUGAGAUUUUGGAAGAAAGUCCAUGUGGUCGGUGGCAAAAAAGAAGAGAAGAGGUUAACCAACGUAAUGUGCCAGGAAUUGACAGUGCCUAUCUUGCUAUGGAUACAGAGGAGGGUGUUGAGGUAGUUUGGAAUGAAGUUCAGUUUUCUGAACGGAAAAACUUCAAACUGCAGGAGGAGAAGGUUAAAGCUGUUUUUGACAACUUGAUUCAACUGGAGCAUCUGAACAUUGUAAAAUUUCAUAAGUAUUGGGCUGACCUUAAAGAAAACAGGGCAAGAGUUAUUUUCAUUACUGAAUAUAUGUCAUCUGGGAGUUUGAAACAGUUUUUGAAGAAGACUAAGAAAAACCACAAAACCAUGAAUGAGAAGGCAUGGAAAAGGUGGUGUACACAGAUCUUGUCUGCCCUUAGCUAUCUUCACUCUUGUAAUCCUCCAAUCAUUCAUGGAAAUCUAACUUGUGAUACCAUCUUCAUUCAACAUAACGGACUUAUCAAAAUUGGAUCGGUUGCUCCUGAUACUAUAAACAAUCACGUAAAGACAUGCAGAGAAGAACAAAAGAAUUUGCAUUUUUUUGCUCCAGAGUAUGGAGUGGCAUCAGAUGUUACAACCGCUGUUGACAUUUAUUCGUUUGGCAUGUGUGCCCUAGAGAUGGCUGUACUUGAAAUACAAGGCAAUGGGGAAUCCUCCUUUGUUCCUCCAGAAGCCAUUAGUAAUGCAAUUCAAUCUCUAGAGGACCCUUUGCAAAGAGAAUUUAUUCAAACAUGCUUAGAAGCUGACCCUGAAAAGCGACCAACGGCUCGGGAACUUCUUUUUCAUCAGGCUCUCUUUGAAGUUCCGUCAUUAAAGCUUUUAGCCGCACAUUGUAUUAUAAGUCAUCAGCACAUGAUUCCAGAGAACGCUUUAGAAGAAAUUACCAAAAAUAUGGAUCCUAAUUUGAUAAUAGCAGAAAGUAGAGAGAAGAUGCAGCUAAAACUUUCUCAGUUUCCAGCUCUAGAAUUAGAUAAAUUUCUUGAAGAUGUAAGAAAUGGAAUAUACCCACUUACAGCUUUUGGGCUGUCAUGUCCUCACCAACCUCAGCAACAGACUGUGAAAUCCCCUGUUGUGCAACCGUCUGUGAAAACCCCAACACCUGAACCAGCCGAGAUUGAAUUGAGAAAGGUUGUUCAAAUGCAAUGCAGUAUUGAGCCAGUAGAUGAAGCAAAUAAACAUCAUUUGACAUUGCUUUUGAAGCUGGAAGACAAGUUAAAUAGACACUUAAGCUGUGAUUUGAUGCCAAGUGACAACGUUCAGGAGUUGGCUGCCGAACUUGUUCAACUGGGAUUCAUUAGUGAGGCAGAUCAGUCUAGGCUCUCGUCUAUGCUUGAAGAAGCCUUUGUAAAGUUCUACAACAGAAAUGGCUCCAUCAGCACCAUCAGUGUUUCAUCGUAGCAGCAGCUGAAGAGUGACUAGAGAGACUUUUUUCUUUCUCUGUAUUUGCUGUAAAACUCUUUGGGGUAGAACCUCGGAAGAUAAAUUCUUACUUAAAUGAUAAAUGCCAUAAAGUUUAUGUUGCACGUGUCAUAUUUUACUGGGUUUUACGUUAUUGCAAAACAGGGCUAGCAAAUUAUUCCAUCUAAAAUAUUUUCGGAGGAAUUAAAGUCAGUAUUAUGUUCUGUAUUGUAGUCAUUUUUAUAGUUAUGUUGUAUUAAAGCUUUACUAUGUUCUUAAUAGCUGGAAACCAUCAGAUAAGAUAUGGAGCAUGUAACAGGAAAAGCAUAUAAGUAUUUAUAUGUGAAUAUCACAGGUUUAUUCUGUUUAUGAUUUUGCCAAAAAUGCAUGGUCUCUGUGCAAUAUCUUUCUUUUUUCACCUUUUACUUGAAAAAAUACAUGUGCUUUUCAUUUCCUUCUUUAUCACCUCAGACAGGAAAAUAAAACUGUUUUCUUCUUUAGGAUCCUAUAAUAAGUUAAUAAUUGUAUGUGUGGGUGUGUUUUAUAAAUAAAAAUGAGUGAAAAUUG